AUGCGUGUGCAGAUCAGUUCCGUGAGCGCGGAUGAUUCUUCCCCUUGGUCUUUGGAACUGGAUGUGACUAGCGACAUGCGUGUCGCAGAGCUGAAAGAGGUGUUGACCAGGCACGGCGUGGGGCUGUCCGACAAUUCCAAAGUGCUUGGCAGGCGGGCCAAUGGGCUCAUGGUAACCCUGGAGGACGGCUCCAAAGUAAGCCGAGAUAUGCUUUUGCGAGGAGCAACGGUCCCAAAGAAGGACCAAAGCAAGCCGACGACAACAAUGGCCACUCCUGUGCAGCAGUACCUUUCUCGUACCAAAGGAGCACAUGUGGCUGAAACUGCCCCCACUACUCAACCGCCACCCAAAGCAAAUUUCCCCCCACGUUAUGGCACGGAACCAUCAAAGAACCAAGCAGUGAUGCCCAGUUCGACUCAGCUUCAAAGAAAUGCUGCGGCUCCUCCUCCCUCGAAGGCAUCGGCCCAGAAGAAAGAGCAGAAACGAAGUUGGCUUCGGAUGGUUCAGCAUGUCUGGCCUGCUGAAGACGUCGUCAGGAGGCCAACAGCCCCUCAGCAAGUCGUUGCCUUGGCUGAUGCACUGCAAGGGAUCAUCAACGCCAUGGCUGCCGAGCCCGUCCAGGUGCAACUUGAUUCCAUCUUGGCGUGCAAGCCCGAAGAGCAACUCGAGCGGGUAGAAGGCAAGCAGGUGAGAAUCAUCGAGAUGAUCAGAGACUUCAGCAAGCUUAUUUGCCGCAGCGCGCGGCCAACCUUGAGAAAGAAGGGCCACGGCAGCGGUGGCUUACGGGCGCUUUCGCAGGUCUUUCGAGAGUUGGAGAUCAUCUCGCCACUAGAGCAAGUCAGCGUGCUUCUGGGAUCUUACCAAUACGUGUUGUGGAUGGGCCCCGUCUCUGAUCAACAGGCCCGCCCUCCACGCAGACAGCCGGUAAGAUGCAUGCCGGCAUCCAUUCCCUUUGCAUACAUCCACCAUGCGGCUUUGACACCUCUGGAGCGACGGAAGCGCUCCUGCUUCCGUACGAUCGCUUUCCUUGACAUGAUGUUGAGAGAAUACGGGAAGGUUGCUGGAGCUGCUGGGGAAGCAUGGUCCAUGUCAGAGGCGGUCCGGUCGACUCUGAAUGUUUGGGUGUUGGGUGCACGCGAUGGUGAGGAAGGAUGGCUUGCUCGACUCGGCUACUGCGAAGAUGCAGCAGGACUGCUGAGUGGCGAGGCAGAGCGGGUGAAUCUUCACCUGAUUGGGGACCUCAGCGAUGACAUGCCGUCUGGGAGGCGGGUACGAGUCAGUGCAGGUGCACAGCCGCCGUCCAGGUCCAAGCCAGACCUGGUGGUUUGCUUUCACGCAGAUGAGCGGCUGGCUCGCUGGAUGCCCCUUCUCGCCGACAUCUUGGCAUCUGCCUCGCAGCCGCCGGUCUUGGCGCUGACCUCGCGAUGCGAAGCGGAAGCUGAGAGGAUUGCAUCCAUGUUCGGCCAACUCGGCGGCAGAGUGCUGCUGCGCUGCGUCCGUAAUCUUUUCUCCGGCAUGGCUGCCGGCCCUCAGGCAGCAUACGAUGAUCACGGCUGGGUUUCCGCAAUUCAGGGUUCGAAGUUCAGUGCUCAGCAACUGCUGGAGCACAUGACGUCUGUGUCUCUUUCGCAGCCGCAAGCGUCCGACGGAAGCCCCAAGGAGGACGGACAGGGACAGAUGGGACAGGGUGCGGGACCGGAGCGGGGUCAAAGAAAUCCCGCGGUUUUCUGGGGCAUCCUGGACCUGAAGUACGACCCGGAGCUUCCUCUGGAGAGUCGUGUGAAAGUCCUUGAAACGGGAGAUGGCCGUAGCUCCAAAUUCUCCGGCUACGGGGCCGCGAUCAAGGAAAGCUUCAAAGCAGACAAGAAGCUCGAGGAGACACUGCAUCGUGCGGUUCUUGUUGAAAACAAGAAGCUGACGCGUGACUUCUUCGUUGAGGCCGGCUAUGGACAUCUUAUGCCGAGGCAAGUCUGCUUCCGGCGUAGCUACAGGGAUCACCUAGCCGCAGACAUCAUUGCUGGACUUGGGCUACACUCGACAGAGGGUGGCUGUGUUCUGAAACUCUGCAACCGGGCACGUGGUGCUGGCUGCAUUCCGAUCCUGGCUGCAGAUCUCGACUUGGCCCUCGAGCGCUUGCUGAUUCUGCCAGACAACGUGGAAGCUUGGCUAGACGGCCAAGACAGAGAGUUCCCUGUCGAAUGCAAGUGGGGCUGUUUCCAGGAGCAGAUCAGACACUGGUGGUCCAACGAGUGUCCUGUCUUCGUUGCAGAGGAGCUUUGCAAGUCUGCCCCGGUGCAGCAAGAAGGCAAAGCCUUUGAUGGGACCAUGCGGGUUGGCUUCUCCCUGCAUCGUGUGGAGGAGCCAGCUGAGUCAGAGGCGGAGGAGGAGGAGGAGUUGGCUUUCCACAAUGCUCCCGACCCAGAACCGGCUGUCGAAUUCCCUGGCGAGGCACUGCCAGGAUCCCUAAGCAUUGAGUGGCUCGGCGGCUAUUGGAAGCUUCCCGCCGAGGACACUACUUCUUCAGACCUUACCGCCAAGGUCAUCAGCAAGGCUCGGCAAGGCACUGCACCUGUGGAUGUGAAACAGCUGCAGGAAGUCUAUGCUGCGUUGGGUGAUUCAGUUCAGCAGGUGUUUACCAAUGCGAGCCUGUCUCCCCAGACCCUGCUGCGGCGCUACCCGGACAUCUCUGAGCUUGGUGCUUUCGUUGCGUCCAGGCUGGCGUGUUCCAUGCGCAUGCGGGACCCCACGAAGAGCCAGAUGGUCCUGGGACUAGCUCAGACAUCUUUGUCGAAGUGCAAAGAACCGGGCAGCGUGGCCUGCAAGCCUUUCGUGGAGUCCUACAUCCACCGGAACUUCGGUGUUCUCGAGGCAUUGAUGGGCCGCUGGAACAAGACCGCGGACCACUUUCAGAAGGCGAUCUCGGUAAUGCCCACGAAUGCCACAGCCCGCUACCUUCUGGGAAUGCAGUGCUUGGAGACAGAGCUCUGGAAGAAAGCCAUCGCACAGUUCGAGGCAGCCCUGCAGCUUGACCCAGACUUCAAGGCUCCUUGGAUCAACCUGGCAGUGGCAAAUCUGCGCUUGGGUCGCUGGCACGAGGUCAUCCGGGCAUGUGAUGCCGGCCUCUACCGGCACCCCAACACAGCUCACUGCUUCUACAACAAAGGCCUGGCAUACUUUUUCCUGGCAGUGGAGGAGGAGGCGCAAGCACCGUUCGCGUCCUGGAAGCCCGCAGGGCAGCUUCGCGCGGCGGCGCUCCAGGCCUUCGACGAGGCGCGCGCGAGCCUGGAGAGGCCCCCGGGGCUUCGCUUUUCCUCGGCCUUUCAGUGUGGCAUCCCUGGUCAGCUUUAUUAG